AACAACCCGGAUGCGGAAGUACUUGUUCUUUUCUUUCUCGGGUGGCGUUGCUGUAGUUUCGAGCUUCUCGGCAGCUGCGGCCAGAAGCCCUCGCCAUGCCUCGAAAAAUUGAGGAGAUCAAAGAUUUUCUGUUGACUGCCAGGAGAAAAGAUGCAAAAUCUGUUAAGAUUAAGAAGAAUAAAGACAAUGUAAAGUUCAAGGUGCGUUGCAGCCGAUAUCUGUAUACUCUUGUCAUCACAGAUAAGGAAAAGGCUGAAAAACUGAAGCAGUCUCUGCCACCAGGUUUGGCGGUAAAAGAACUGAAGUGAAUCUGUCCUUAGAAUUUGGCCGGUGGAUUGUAAUAAAGAAAUGAACUUUC